UCGAUUUACGGGUACAGUGUGGUCACUGCGCUGAUCACGGUGAUACUAUAAAAAUUUGGUUUUCAUUUUUCGGCAUUUUUCCCUGUAAGUACGAUGGAAUCCAAAGGUGCUAGCCAAGCCGAUCCGCUUGAAAUCGAAACGUUCGGCAGCAGUUGCCAGUAUGAAUAUUUGCCUUAUGACUUUAUAGGGAGAGGAGCAUUUGGUGUUGUCUACAAUGCCAAGGUUUCAGAACGCGGCAAUUAUACUGGAAGCGAUAUGGUGGCUGUCAAGACAGUUCACCUCGAUGCUCGACACGACAUCGUCUCGAACCCAGGAACCUGGACAAAAACGGUAACCCGACUGAAAAGGCUGCCGGAAUUAGCUCAUGAAAACCUGGUUGUUUGUCAUCAAGUCCGAAUUAUUAAAUCAGCUGGUGGAGCUACGGUCGAGAUAAUGAUGGAGCGUUGUCACAGUGAUCUCACAGUUUUCCUUAAAAAAGCAAAGGAAAACAUUACCCCCUAUGGGAUACGCAAAGACGUUUACAUCGGGCGCUAUUGCAAAGAAAUAACAGCAGGAUUAAGCUUCUUGCAUCAGCAGAAAAUAAUACACGGAGAUCUGAAACCAGCAAAUGUUUUAGUGAAAGACUUGCCUAACGGAAAUAAAAUGCUGUUAGUCGGUGACUUGGACGAUUUAGUUCCCAUGCAAGAAAGUGUCACCUGCUCCGGCGAUAUAUCGCACCUGCGUGGCACCGUGCGCUACAUGUCGCCAGAAAUGCUGAAGAAAUUCUGCCUAUUUGGAGCAGAAACUCCAGGACGGAUGACUGAUAUUUGGAGCUUAGGAUGUAUUAUGCUGGAAAUAGCCGAAUGCUUCUCCAGUAGCAAGACAGAUGAAAAGCUGCUCCAAAAGGAUGGGAAUCCGAUAAAUCUGAGCAAUAAUAUUUCGAAUCUCCGAUUUGCCGAGUUCAUAAUGAAUGGUUAUGUACCGUUUGUGAGCGAUGAAAUACCGGGAAAGUUAGCGGCCUGUAUUCGGCUUUGCUUACAAGAAAGUCCCAGUUCCAGGAUAUCUGCCGAGACGCUGCUGCAGGAAUUCUCGGUAUCGAACGUCAUUGAAUUUGAUAACGGCACACCUGUUCAACGUGCUGACGUUGCAAUUGUUUUAAUGAACUGGAGUGCACAGCCGGGCACUGUUAAGGCGAUAAAGUUUGACCCGGCGACAAGCCGAAUUCGAGCUCUUGAAAUUCCUAUACCCGUUGGCAUGCAGCUUAUCUUUCCGCAGUUAACAUUGCCGAAUAGAGAAAUAGUAUUUCAAGCUGGCCAUGGGGACAGCGAAGAUAAACUGUUUAACAUCUGGAAGGUAUCGACUGGCACAUGGCGUUCUUUUUGGGCGAAAAAAGUCGCCGAGUACGCAGCAUCGUCACCUUGCUGCAGUCCAGUUGUAACCAGAGAUACGAUCUAUUAUUUUCAAAAUAACAACUCGGAUGACUACCACUUGGUGGCGAGAGACCUACGCAGAGGCCAUAUUAAGUUCAUCAGACCAGUCGAAGGUUGGAAUGUUGACGCAAUAGCUGAAUUCGAAAAGAAGAUCGUGUAUGCUCAUCACAACGGGAAUGCCGAAUUCUCCGAGCUGGAUCUCUAUGAUCCCAUGGAGAACAGUUGGACAUCCUUACCACAACUUUCACAGCAGCGAAUUGGAUUUAGUAUGGCUGUCGUGGGCGGACAUGUUUACAUUCUUGGAGGAACGUUGAAACAGGCGGCAACAGCUUCAUGUGUCCGCUUAAACAUAAGCACUUCCACGUGGGUCGAUAUCCACUCCUUGCAAAAACCGCGGCAUCGACAUUCGGCUUGCGUUGUAAACGAAAGGAUAUACGUCUGUGGCGGUAAAAAUGCAGCAGGCGAGGUUGAAUAUUCAAUGGAAGUUUACGAUACCACCCGCGACGGACCGUGGUCUACUGUCGAACUAGCCACACGCGAUGAGAAUCUCCUGCGCAGCACGAUCCUUGACGUUGAAGAUUCUAUGAUAGGCAUAUCUAUAGCUCGUUAAUAUUACCCUGUUUGAUAGCGAUAUUCUUCAGCUGCGUGUAUAAGAUUUUGUUUCUGUGUUUUCUAUUAUGUCAUGCUUUAAUAUUCAUGAUCCAAGGGUGCACUUGCAAAAUUAAUGCCGUCAUUUCCUGUUCUAAAAAUUACCAUGUAGUACCGGUAUUGCCUGCGGUUAUUCUUGAA